UUCGGUUAGAUACAUUUUCUGUGCGGAGUUGUGCGUUAAGAAAAUUUAUAAAAAAUUGCAAAUAUAUUGAAAAAAUUAACAAAUUUCGAGAAUGCUAAGACCUUUGGCAGCAGUUUUGGCAAUGCAAAGGAAUUGUCUGAUAUAAUGACUGGUAGUUUCAAGGUGCAACUCAUCAAUAUGGGCACUCGUGCUGCUGCCUUUCAGGCUAAACUGAGAUGCCUCCAUGAAUACCAUGUACGCCUAUUGCACAAUGUUUUACCAGCGCCCUCUGGCGUAGAUAUUGCUAAUAAUAUCAAAUACUUUUCUCAAACUCUAUUAACUGUCCUUAAAGAUGUACGCACUUCUCCACAUGAACUUAUACGGAAUCCAAUGGAAGACCCUACACGUAUGUCAGCCUAUCCAAAUCUAGAAUAUGGCAACCUAUAUAAUGCAUUAACUAUGCUCAUUGAUGUCGCACCUUGUAUACAAUAUGGACAAAUUGUUUUUGGAAAAGCCUUGCUACAGUGUCUAUGCUGUAUACUACCAUUCCUUGACAAGGAUUUAAUUGAUAAUUUACCCUAUUUAGUAAGCUCUACUAUUUCUGUACUACCACCAGCUUUACAUCAAGAAAUUGUUAAUGCGCUAUGUUAUUAUGUAUUACCAUUUACAAUAACACGACGCAGCGCCGAUGAACAGGAAUGCCAGGCAUGCCAAUCUGUCUCCUCCGUAAUAAUGAUGGUUCUACAAUAUUCAAGUAAUCCUGCACAUCACUGUCAAUUACUUGAAUGCUUGAUGACUUUAAAACACAAUGUUGUCAAGGAUAUACUAUGUGUGGUGGCAUACGGAACUGCAGUGUCUCGUUUUUCUGCAGCAAAAUUACUUUUUUAUUAUUGGCCUGCAUUUGACGCCAAUUUAUUUGAUCGCAAAGUAUUACUUUCCAAACUAACCAAUGAUAUGGUGCCUUUCGUUUGCCAGCGUGAACAAUGUCCAAAUGCAGGCAAUGCGGAAGCAGCAAAAGUUUGUUUCGACCACAGCAUAAGCAUUACAUAUGCACCCGAUUGUCCUCCACCACUUUAUCUAUGCAUUGAGUGUGCCAAUGAAAUACAUCGCGAGCAUGCUAAUCUUGAAUUCGGUGAUAUACUACAUCCCAUGCAACAAGUCUCAAUGGUGUGUGAAAAUAAAAAUUGUCGAUCAACCGAAAAAUCGGCAUUUUCGAUUUGUUUCUCAACGGAGUGUGCCAGUUAUAAUGGUAACCAUCCGAUACGAUAUUGUGCACAGUGUCAUAGCAAUCGUCAUAAUGCACGCCGUGGAGGUGAUCAUGUGGUACAUCGCAGUUUACCACCUGCUUGGCAAAUGGAUGCUGAAAUGCAAAUGCACAUGGUGGAAUCAGUAGUUAGCUUGUUGCGCGAAACAAAACCAUUGAAUUUUGAACCGGGAAAGGAAAGUUCUGAUUCUAAAAAAAAUGGCCACAAUGGUAUACCAGAUACGAUUUCACUUGAUGAGCGACAAAUGUUGGGUCGAUAUGGUAUUUGGUUACUAGUAGGCCGCUGUACGCCAACCCCAGACACACCUGUAGAAAUUCUAGGUCGCAUACUUAGCAUGCUGUUCCACUGGUUCCACGUAACUGCAUAUUCUUACGAUGCUGCAGGACAAAUUGAGAGCACAAUUGAAAAACUUAAAGUGGAACAUGUUUGCAACUGGUUGAAGGAAAUUUGUCGUAUUCACUACAAUGUUUUUAUAUCAUGCUUGCUACCUCAUCCACCAGAGUAUGCACGAGUUGGCGGUCAUUGGGAGACUUUAGCCUCACGUACUAGUCACCUCAAGGAAGGACUACAACGUCUGAUAUGUCUUGUGCCCUACGAAGUUAUUACUUCGGAAAUUUGGGAUUACGUUAUGCCUCAUUGGAUGGAGGCAAUAACUAAUGACGUUGCUGAAAAGGAACUAAAUGAAUUAAAAAUUGUUUUAAGUAAAAUAUUAGAUCCGGAAAUGUCUCCAUUAGGUUUUGACGCGAAAACCAUGUACAAUUUCGUAGCCAUACGUUUUGAAAAAACAACCGCAAAAGUUCAACAACAAGCAUUACAUUGGUUACAAAUUUUAACUAAGCUAGAAAUAUUAAUUCCUUUAGUACAACUAUUUGCUAUGUUCGGUGAUGGUGUUCGCAUUAUGAAAUUUGGUGUGCAACAUGAAUUGAUGCGUGAAAAAGAGAGUCAGAAGCAAGGCCCAAAGACGCCAUCAAAAGAAAGUAAAGCUGAUAUGACAAAUCCACCACGUCGCUCUUCAAUUUCACCCGUAGUAGAGGACGAUUCUGGUAAUACAUCGGCAAUUUCAGACGAUGAAGCUCCAACUAACAGACAUACCGAAUUUUCUACUGAUGCCGAACAUAACCUCACUUGCUGCAUACUUAUGUUAGAUAUACUUUUAAAACAAAUGGAACUGCAAGAUAUUGAACAGCACAUGGGAAUACAUACUACUGUCUGCGAAAACGUUUCACGUUUGAUUAAAUGCAUGGUUACAGCAGCGCGUGUUGGUCUUAGUAGUCACGUCUGUUCCUUGAAGGUAGCUGAAUGUGCAUAUUGCGAAGCUUCUAUUAUGUGGCAUCAAUUAUCGACAAAGUUGGUGCAAUUUAUGGCUCCACUUAAUCCAGUGCGACCACCAGAUAUUCCAAUUGAAGAUUUAAUUGAAGAAGAAAAAUCUUCUCGCAAAAGUCCACCAGAAAGUGAUAAAGAAAAGUCGCGUGACCGUGAUGUUUCUCUAUCGAUGGCACCUCUGCCAAUACCCUUAGGUCCAUUAGGCGGAUUUGCAGAAAUCUUAAAGCUAGAUCAAUUCUUUACAGACGAUGGAAAAAUAAUUAUUAUGGCAGGUCCUAUGCCAGUUGCGGUUCCUCAACCUGAGCCACAUUCCGUUGGUGGAGUAUUGGUUCACAUGCCACAUGUUUGUUCCAGUAACGAUAAUGGGCAUUCAAUUGAUAGUAUUGAAUUGAGAAAAGUUCACGCCACAGACGAGAUAAUGACCGCCACUGUUGAAACAGUAUCUGAGCAAUUAGAUCUGGCUUCUAUUAUACCAACGGAUAGGGCAAUAGCACGUUCUAUAACUUUAUCCGACGCAGACGUUGGCAGCGCCAAUGUUAGUGUAACUAAAGCUUCUGUACUUGGAGAGAAUGGCGGAGGUAAUGGAAGUACCGGAGCUGGAGGUGGUGAUAAUGGUAGUCUUUCUGAUGAAGAUGAAGAUGAAGAAGAUGGUGAAGAUUUUUGGCAUACCUCAGUAGGUAAAUUUAAAUUUACCCUAGAUCAGUUACCUCAAACUCUACAGUAUAUACAUCAAUUACUAACGGAAAUUCCGACCAUAAAAAAGCCCGAAAUUCUUUACUACGUUCUACAAUGUCUCAAUGUCAUGGCACUGCACGGCGAUGCAUUAGCAAAAGCUGCUCGCGAACAUCGCGGUUUUUUUAUUUGGUGUCAAGAAAAUUUGUUAAUUAAAAAUUUAUGGGAGCUUAGCAAUGCUGAACAUUCACAUAUCUGUCAAGCUUGUGUUCCCCUUUUAUUACACUGCAUUACUCUGCCUUUGGGUUCAGAUGUGUUUUGGCGUGUAGUGCAAGAAGCUUUCCAUGAUACUGAUUGGCGUAUACGUUUUACCGCUGUAGAACGAGUUACCGUUAUAACUCGUUUUAUGGACUCAACACCAUUACGUACCGAAGUGGGACUACAAACCGCAUUAGCUACUGCUUUCUGUCACCUAAUAGCAAGUAUGGAUGACAUCAAUGUUUAUGUAGCGCAGAGAGCUACCCUUUACAUUGGAACCAUACACGAUACAGCAAUACGGUCGUUAUUAUUUUGUUUAGAAUCACAAUUUGAUUUAUUUAUAGUAGAUCGCCCUGUUGUCCUACAAUCGGUUUACCAUUUGCAUAAUUCACUGUCAGAUCGCAAAGUACUUAGCUGGGAAUUCUUUUUAAAUCGCUUUGAUACACUUUUCGUAGAAGCACAAAUCAAUUUGGAGAAAUGUGGUGACAUUUCAUAUCUACGAGACCUACGCAACUCAGAAAAUGGCAGUGAAGCGUUAUCAUCAAAAAUAUUAAAAGCUCGUGAAGCACUUAGCCAAUCGGAUACUAGUGGUAGUAUGGCAAAAACACUUAGUGCUUCUUUCGGCACAAAAUGGCCCUAUAAACGUACCAUGUCAGCACCGGCUAGUAUGGUUCCUAGACAGGACUCUAAAUUUGUGCUCGAAAAAGAAAAAAUUUAUAGUCGUCAGGUAUCGGCACCCAUACUUAAAAGGAAAACUUCACGCUUUGGAUUGGAUGGACACAUACACUCUUUAGGCGGCAUUAAUGAUGAAAAUCUCAUUGGCUUGUUAAGUCGAAUAACUGAACUGGAGGAAUCGGAUAGAGAAACCAUUCAUUUACUGGUAUUUCUACUUAUGCAGUUUAUGUCUCGUACCGACCAAGCGUAUCCAUCCGAGGAUAAACCAGUUACAAAAACACAAAAUAUUGUACUUAAACACUUAUUCCUGCUGUUGGGACACAAUCAAAUAGAUAAAACGUUUCACACUACUCCUGAAGCCCUACGCGCUUCUGCUGUUUUUAAUGCAUUCCUCGCUAAUCUACCACAAGUAUUGGAUCAAAAUCACUUAAUCGGUGGUUUAAUACUACCUUCCAUUAUGCAAAUAAUACUUUUUGCACCGAAUCCCAAUAACUCUGCAGCUGAUUGCUAUCAAAAUUUAGUAUUUAACUAUUCACUUUGGAAUCUAGAAUAUUAUCCGCGCCGUAAUUGGAUGUUUACUAUAUUGGUGGUACUUUACAAAUACGCUUACACCCAACCGCCUCAAAGCGCCUAUAUUAUAUCUGCUAUACGUAUGGUUAUGAAUAGUUUACGUGGACACUUUCAUCAGUGUAGACGUAUACCCACUACAACCAUACUUGAUAUUCAAGGCACUGCACGUUCCCGUGAUGUGAGCCAACCAUCAUUAGGUACUGAUCCCGAUGAUAAAGAACAAAGUCCACCGGCAAGUCCUAUGUUCCCAUCAGAAGGCACAAGUGCUGCUUCUAAGAGCAAAGGACAAAAUGUUGCUUUUACACCAAAACUACAACACGCAUUUCGAAAAUAUAACGACUCCAGCCUUGAUGCUGAUGAAACUGAAUCUGAACUCGUUGCAAUACCAGAAAGUGAUUUAUCGGAUAGCACAUUGCAUGGCAGUAGCGCCCCAGGUUCUUUCGAUGAUACAAUACAUUUUGAAGAAGUUGCACCAUCAAAAUUGGAAACGCUAAGAAACCGUACUCUACGCACUAGCGAAUAUACCGAUGAAAAAUCUACAAAAACAAUGAAGUCAAUGAUUACUACUAAAACAGGUGAUACUUAUACCACUAAAAUUAAAUCCACUGCUACUGAAACUGUUAGCACUACGGUGGUAACUACACACUCAAGACACAGUCUACAAGAAGGCGUGCGUAUGAUCGUUACACCUCUCGUUGGUACUGAAACUGCUGAGACAGCUAUAAUAAGCCCACCGGUUGAUGUACACCGUGCGAUAACUGUACGAAAUAAAACAACUGACAAUGCUGCAGCCUCCACAUCUAAAAUGUUCGCUGCUAUCGCCUCUAAUCAUUUAAAAGCACUAGGCGCCCUACAAGACAUACAAACAAAACCUUCAGAAAAUCAUUCUGCCUCUAGCAAUGGCAAUCGUUCAACUAAUAGUAGUUCGGAAGGUACAGAUAAAAAACGCCAACAAAGCGUUCCACAUACAUCAUGCAAUGUGCAACAACAACAACAACAACAACAUCAAAAAGUCAUUUCCAAAAAACCUAUUGGACGCCAUAAGACUAUUAUUGAAUGCAGUGCUGGUACAUCAACUUCGUCAUCUACUGGCACAGAUGAUUCACGUUUAGGUACAAGCCAUAAAAAAAUCGCAAGUAAAACACUUAAACGCUCCGAGAAAGCAUAUGGGUCACCAGACUCGCCUCUAUCUAAAAUGAAUGUUAUGCCCAAUCCAACAGAUGAAGCUAGUAUUGGAAAGAUGACAGGAACAAAAAGUAUAACGACACUUGAAAUUCCGACUCAAGAACGUUUACUACCCAUUGGCACACAAGAAAGUGUGACUGCGUUAGUAGAACGAGUACGAGAUGCCCUUAAUUUACCAGACAUAAGUCAUCUUAAACAAGAUAGCUUAGAUGUGUCAGAGAGUACCAAAGAUGAUGUGACGCCAAGCAGCCGCACAAAUUCCCCACGCCGUCUGAUUAAACAAGUCGCUUUGGAAUCACCACCAAAUGCUACAACAGCACUAACUCAGGAUUUGCACACUUCGAUACUGAAAACUGUGAGUCAAGAGCUUAAGCCACAUUUAACCAAUGGUUUUGGUACCGGUACCAAUGUAUCAGCAACACGUGCAGAUUCUGGUAAAAAACCAAGACAGAAAUUAGUACCAUUUACAAUGGACUCUAAUGCCAUGCCAGAUAUAAGAUCACGAUUUGCUGGUUCUUGGCCCCCACCACCAUACCAACCACCAGAGGAACCAUUUGAAGAUACUGAAGAUGACAACGAUAACGGAAAUGGACAUGAUACCGCUCAACAACCAAAUAGAGUGAGCACAAGACGUGUAGGUGAUUAUACAGUAUGUGAGCGUUGCACAGACUGCGGUGCAGUCAUUGAAGAAUAUACAGAUGAAGAAAUCGGAAUAUUAAUUGUUAUACUUGGAACAUUUAUACAUCGCGAGCCAGCAAUGGCAGCACCAUUUUUACCAGAAAUUUUAACACUUAUAUCAAAAACCUGCUUGACCUGCACUCAUGCCUGGCAAGGUGAAAAUGGACCACCAUUGGCUUGCAGUGCACAAGCGGUCGCUUUGCAAUUUAUACGAUGCGUGUUACAUCAGUUGGCACCAAAUGGCAUAUUCGUCCAAAUAUUUCAAACACAACUAAAAAUGAAAAUACGUCGCAACUCCUUGCGUAGUAUAGCUAAAGCUUUACAAGACUUUCAGGAACUAAACGCGACUAGUCCUAUUUAUAUGGUAUGUGAAUCACUACAAGCCAAAAAAUCUUUGCCCAUCGAUCAAUUACCUACAAUUUUCCGUAAUAUGGCCGAAUAUUUGCAUUGUGUAUUGGUAGAAGGUGGUAUAGGUCAAGUAGUAUGGGCUCAGGCUAUGCAAGCUAUGGAGUCUUUAUUACGGCAAGUUAUAGUCAUUAUGCCAAAUCUGACUCACCAUGAAUAUAUGUUAGACUUGAUGGUGUCGUCGUUACGAUUAAAUUGUGUACCAAAAACAUUAUUGGAUCCAUAUUCUAAAAUACUGGCAUACUGUGUGCAACAUACGAUCUUGGAGCAUAGCGUGUUGUAUGAUCUAUGCACCUUGAAUGGGCGAUCGUUUUCCAAGGAUCGCGAUAAAAUGUAUCUCUGUCGGCAACUUAUAUUCGAAUUUGUGCAAGCCUUAAAAUUCAAAAUUAAUAUACCUGAUCAUAAUUUACUCAUGAUUAUCGGUUUUGUACUGCAGGAUGCCGGAGGCACACUACCGCCGGGCAGCAUACAGGGACUUCCAGAUACUUCACCGGUGUUAACUACAAAUGCAGCAGAAUGUUUGCGACAAUACAUAAAUGAUGUUAUUGAUUUUCUAGCGGAUUUUCAUACUCUGAGCAAAAUAAAGAAUUUUAAAAAUGGUCAAACACAAAAUGGGUUAGGAGAGGACACACUUGGUGGUGUAUUAAAAGGUGCUGUAGCUCAAUAUCUUGCUUUGGAAAUGUCGAGAGGUAACUCUCGUGAUAAUAAAGCUGUCGCACGUUAUCUUCCUUGGCUAUACAAUGCUCCAUCAUCACUUCAACAAGGACCUAAGGAGUUCACCGAAUGUGUGGGACACAUGCGACUGCUGUCAUGGCUACUUCUUGGCUCACUCACGCAUAUGGCACUUACACAAAGGCCACUGGGCUUACAUUCAGCACCUACCAUACCUGCGGUACCAACAACAGUGCACUAUCAGCACCAACACCAUGGUGCACCUAUGUCUCAACCCGUGCCGCAAGAAGCAUCAUGUCAUAUUGCCGACCAUAUUCAAGUUAUAUUUGCAGGAUUUGCAGAGCAAUCAAAAACAUCAGUGUUGCAUAUGUCUUCGUUAUUUCAUGCUUUUACUUUGUGUCAACUUUGGACAGUCUAUUUGGAGCAAGUUGCACAUACCACAAGCAAUACCGAAGGAAGCACUAUGGGAGUACUAUUCGAAUUUUGGGCAAAAGUCACCCCAUGCAUACUGCAAUUAGUUUCCCAUGCUAAACCUGCAAAGGAUAAUACUGAUUUCACCCAAAAUUCAAAUGCAAAGGUGAAUAUUUUUGAUAUCGAAAAAUAUUAUAAUGGUUCUAAUAUUUUAUUUACGCAGUUGUCAGAAAUGGUUAACUUGCAUUUUCUAAGUCUAUUGGAAGCACUUAAAGAAACAAACUCCACAGUAUUAGCAAAACUGUUACCAUUAUGGAGUCCAGUUUUAUCCUCACAAACACAGCUUUCAGAUACUCUACACGUUCGUCUCCAAAAUGUGAGGGACUACGCACCAGAUUAUGAAGAACAGCAGACGAACGCUUCAGAAGCUCUGCUGAAGUGGUUACAACGUUUGCAAUUCAAGAUGGGUCAAAUCGAAUUGCAGGCUUCCACUGCAACCCAAUUUUACUCAAUAUAAAAUUUAUGCACUAUUUAAAAUGUGUAUUUACAAAUGUUAUAAAAAAGUUUAAAAUAUUAGAACAUAGAUGUAGAUUCCAUGAGCUA